AUUGUCAGAGACUGAAACCGGAUCUUGACAAACAAAAUACACGAACAUGGAAACUAGAAUCGGAUCCACUGAAGGAAAUCUAAAAUUUACUUAAUAAACAGAAAGGGUAGCUACUGCCCUCGACUUAAAUGACAAUUUUAGGCAGAAAACUGGUUGGUAUUUGGGAUAUGAUUUUCAUCACGUCAGCUUAGUUUUCUUUCUUCAAUUGAGGACUGUGAACUCGCACAGCCACAUUGCAACCCAAAUAUAGCAACAAGAUAAAAAAAAAUGACGCAAAUUAUUCCGAGCCAAUUUAAGGCGUUGUUAAAUUCCGUUUGGGAAAGUACAUUCCUCCCUGGUGUGGCAAAGAUCCCGCAGAUGCAACGGAUGAUAAUUCCAUGAUAUCAGUUAUAAAUAACACAAUCACAAUAACGCAGUGGCAGUUUACGUUUCACCGACGGUCUUCAUUGAGUUAUUCCCGCAAACAGUCAGAUAACUAUCGUCUGAGGUAUGAUCAUGGAAGGACGCGGUAAGUUCGUCUCGGUUUGGGCGUUGAUUCUCUUCGUCGGUCCGUCCGUCGUCAGGUUUUCUGGAGUGGAUGCAGCGAUGUGUGGAUGCCCACCGCUAUGGACUGGCUUUAAUGACAAUUGUUACAGAUACUUUUCUUCAGAGAACAUGACCCAUUUUGAUGCCGAGCUAGCCUGCCAAACUUUCACUACACCAUGUGGCGAGGAAACCUCUUCAAGUUCUGUGGGUCACCUUGUUUCUAUCCAUUCCCAAGACGAGAUGGACUUCAUCUCUGUCAUGUACGAGACACUAAGAUCCAAAAGGCCGGGGCUAGGCACACGGGUGUGGAUCGGCCUACACGAUCGCGCUCUGGAAGAUUCUCCGGAUUGGACGGAUGGAACGCAAUACGAUUAUUCAAACUGGGCACCUGGCCAGCCUAACGAUCAAAAUGGAGCAAGUGAUUGCGUCUUCUUUUCUAAACAUCAACUUUACAAGUGGAAUGACAUUGCAUGCGGCGUUUCUAGCCGUGUCGAAGCUUAUAUCUGUAAGAUUCGACAGUGGUAAUUUGUGUACCACAAUGGCAGUAGACAGCGGGGGGGGGGUGGUCAUACACGGUGACAACUACACUUUGAAAACUCUAAUUUUUUACAGAAUAUUUGACAAGAUUCACCGAGAGAGUUCACGGAAUCCUUCAAUUUCUCUUUACAAUAUUCGAAAGUGCCCCAAUAAAAAACGCAGUCGCCUUGCUCCCUCGCUCUUGAGUUUCGUCAAUACCAUGAUACGGGUACGUUCUGCCCCCCCCCCGCGGACAAAAAAUGUGUGUACGGCCAUAUGUAGCAGUUUGGUUUAUAGGCUAUACUGAGGAUUAUACCCUGACUGUUGGUUAAAAGUGAGAAGGCCUACAUGGAGAUGAAUUCAUCACCUAGGUGUAAUUGAUAUUCUAGUCAUAUUUUAAUGUUUUCUUAUAUCGCAUUUCUCAAAGAAUACAAUACAUUAAAAAAUUUGACUGAUCUGGUCAAUUUGACACAUUUGUGUUUUAGAGUGUUUUGAUGAUGGUGACUGUCAUAGGACGUGCUAAA